CUGAUCUUUGCCAAGUCUCGCAAUGUUUGCCCAUCUGUGUUGAUCCAAGAUUGGCAGCAGAGGGGAGAAGGGUAUAAAAGCAGAGACUUUGUGAGCACAUCAGUUCUGGUCCAAGAUGGCCAAGCUCACUCUGCUCACCGGUCUGGCCCUGCUGCUCAACGCCCACCUCGGCACUGCCUACGUGCUGACAUGUUACUUCACCAACUGGGCCCAGUACAGGCCUGGCCUGGGCAAAUACACACCCGAAAAUGUCGACCCCUGCCUGUGCAACCACCUGAUCUACGCCUUCGCCGGGAUGAACAACAACGAGAUCACCACUUAUGAAUGGAACGAUGAGACCCUCUACAAAUCCUUCAAUGGCCUGAAGAACCAGAACAAAGAUCUGAAGACACUCCUGGCCAUUGGAGGAUGGAAUUUUGGCACAGCCAAGUUCACUACAAUGGUUUCCUCUGCUGAGAACCGCCAGACCUUCAUCAAGUCUGUCAUCAAAUUCCUGCGCCAGUACCAGUUUGAUGGGCUGGACCUGGACUGGGAAUACCCCGGCUCCAGGGGCAGCCCAGCCCAGGACAAGGGGCUCUUCACCGUCCUGGUUAAGGAAUUGCUGGCAGCCUUUGAGCAGGAAGCCAAACAGACCAACCAGCCCCGUCUCCUGGUCACCGCGGCUGUGGCUGGAGGACUUUCCACCAUCCAGGCCGGCUACGAGAUUGCUGAGCUGGGCAAGUACCUGGACUACAUCCACGUGAUGACCUAUGACUUCCAUGGCUCCUGGGAGAGAAACACUGGCGAGAACAGCCCCCUGUUCACAGGCCCAGCUGACACUGGGGACUACAAGUACUUCAACAUCGAAUAUGCUAUGAAUUACUGGAAGGACAAUGGUGCCCCAGCUGAGAAGCUCCUUGUUGGCUUCCCAACCUACGGAAAAAGCUUCACCCUGCAAAACCCAUCUGACACCUCUGUUGGGGCUCCAGCAUCAGGCCCUGGGCCAGCUGGACCUUACACCAGGGAGGCUGGGACACUGGCUUACUAUGAGAUCUGCUCCCUCCUGAGCUCUGGAGCCACCCAGGCUUGGGAUGAACCCCAGGACGUGCCCUAUGCCUACAAGGAGAGCGAAUGGGUUGGCUACGACAACACGAAGAGCUUCAGCAUCAAGGUUGACUGGCUGAAGAAGAACAACUUUGGAGGGGCCAUGGUUUGGGCCCUCGACAUGGAUGAUUUCACUGGCACUUUCUGCAAUGAGGGCAAAUACCCCCUGAUCUCCACCCUGAAGAAGGGCCUCGGUCUGCAGAACGGCGACUGUGUGCCUCCUGCUGAGCCCCUGCCUCCAGUCACUGAGGCUCCCACUACCACCAGUGGAAGCGGGAGCGGCGGCUCUGGUGGGAGCGGCUUCUGCGCCGGCAAAGCCAACGGCAUCUACGCAGACCCAGAGAACAACAGGAACUUCUACAACUGCUUGAACGGCCAAACCUUCGUCCAGAGCUGCCAACAGGGUCUCGUCUUCGACCCCGUCUGCUCCUGCUGCAACUGGCCAUGAAGCUCCAGCCAGCAGGCCCCUCUGAUCCAACUGUACACAAUAAUGAUUCAAUAAAGCUUUCUGCAAAAGCGACAAUC